AUGAAAACAAUUUUACCUUCUGAUAUUUGGAUAGCAGAUUUAUUAUUUUUACGUUCAAAUCGUUCUUUAAUUUAUACAGAAAAUGGGCAACCUUUAAUUACUGUUAGGCCGCUGGAAUUGAAUCAAUUUUAUGAGCAACUUUGUGGUUAUUUGGGCUGGCUUCUGAUUUAUUUGGCUGCUAUUAUUUUAAACUUUUUGUUGCUUAUUCUCUCACUUUUUGGAAAAAGACAAAUACGACAUAAAAAUAAGUCACAAUUUCUCAUUGGCAAUUUAGCUGUCUGCAACAUUUGUUUAGCGUUGGGAUUAUUUGUUUAUACAUUUUUAAUUGAUGUUUAUUACCAUGUAGAUUCGUUCGACACACUUUUACUUAUUAAUGGUGGCCAAGCUUCUUCAAAACUGCCUCGGUUUGCUAAGGAAAUUUGGAUUGUUGCUAAAUUUUUAUUCCAUACAGAAUUUGUAGAACAAUUCUUCACUGUGCAACAACUUAUUAUUUUACUCGCAGCAAUUUAUUGUUAUUUUACAAUUUUCUUCAAUUGCAACAACAAUUAUUAUUAUUUUUCAAAUUAUUAUGCUUCCUUCAAUAUUGUAGCUGUUGUUGCUCCUUAUUUAUUUUCUUUUGUAUUGCUUGACAAGAAUGUUUUGCAGCAAUGGUUUUGUUUGACUAAAAAUGCUGCUAAUGUUGUCAGACUUGCUUCACUAUUUUUCUCAAUGCUAAUCUCACUUGUAUUCUCAACCAGCAGUUUAUUCACAAUUUCAAAACAACAACAAGAAAUUAAACAAAAUUUUGGAAAAAAUUAUUUUUCUGAUCUUUAUUCUUUUAUUUUCAUAUUUUUUAUUAUAAUUUGGAUUGAUUUUAUUUCAAAAAUUGGAAUAUUUAUUGAAUUACUUUAUGUUAAUUUUUCUGUUCGAAUUGUACUUGGAGAAGGUGAUGAUGCCGAGGAUUUUAAUUUUAAAAUUGAAACAUUUCUUGUUAAAUUGUUUGAGGUUGGGGGAAUAUUCUUGGUGAAACAUGCUUCAAACGCCUUUUGA